CAGAUUGGUCGUUAUGCCGACCUCUACUGCCCCCUAGCCCUUUAUUCCAUUAAGCCCCCAGGCGAUUUUUUCGCCUCGAAGGCACGAGCUUUUGGGCUUACUGCAGCGGUGGCUAUUUAUGUGUCUUUUCUGGACUGGUUCCUUUGCCAACCCACCUUCAAUGAACACUUUGAACUGCUCUAUGUGAUGGAAUUAAAAGCAAACCUCCACUUCCACGAUGUCAUCAUCUUUUCAGCGCUCAUCAUCACCAUUCGCAUCCUCAGCCACCUGCUUUGGUCGCUCCUACUUGAGGCAGUUCUUCUCGCCACGCCACUACAAGAACUUGGCAGUGGACUGCUGACCCUCUCACGUCCUUCGCUGGAUUCUUCCUUCUCACUCGCCCCAACUCACAUUUCAGAAAAACGCACCCUUCUCACUUACAUGCGCCCACCCUGGAAACUCCGAUGGGGGGAUGCUUUUUCUUUGGUUCUCUUUCCUCUUUUUUUCACCCUUUUUUCAUGUGAUGGGAGCGACGCUGGCAAUGCGUAUGUGGAUCUCUCCAUCACACUGAGAGAUUUGCUGCAACAGCCCUCGGUCGCCACGAGUGGAACUUCCAGUCCGCUUAUCAACCAGCACAGUGGUAGCAAUUUCCGCGAAAAGCUGAAGCGUCGCUUUGCCAACGGCAAGGCCUGGUGUAGGCGCAGUCCCAGUGUUUUGUCCUCCGCUGGCAAGUCAUCCUUUGAUGAGGAGACCUACGUCCUCCUGAAGGACGUGGAUAGUUCAGACUCAGCGCCGCCCCUACCGCCAAUGCUGCUGUCGAGGACCUACGGUAUGGAGCCGCCGCGUGGACUGCAUCAGCGCACA